AUGUUCUCAACCUUCACGGGCAGCUCGCGCCGGCCGCGCAACGUCAACCUCAGCGGGCAGGCCGGCAACCCCUUCGCCAACACCUCGUGGAGCCCUGCCGUCGUCUCGAAUGCUAGCAAGACUGUUGCCGAUGCCCAAGCUGAGCGUGAAAAGCGGCAGCUGGAGAGACAGCGACUCAAGGCCGCUGGUAGGAUACAACGGGUCUGGAGAGGUCACAAGUCUCGACGCGCCUCGGCAGACCGGUGGAGGACGAUAUUCGACCAGCUCUACAGCCCUUCCUCAAACAUUCACCCGUCCGAACGGGCCCCCGUGGCAUUCAACCUCCUCAUUGCCUUCUACUCCGCCCGCCGCGUCGACGACAUCCGACGAGUCUGUCUCUAUUGUCACGACGCGGAACAUGCCUCCCUCGACCAGAUUGCUCCCCGCAACGCCCACGCAUCCCGAUUCCAACAGCUUAUGACGCUGUUGGUCAGUGCACUUGACCAAGUGUCUCAGGCGGCGAGUGAUGCCUCAACUCAGGUAGUGCCUCUAUUAAGGCUUAUACUUCGCAUCGUACAACAACUGCCGGAAACAAUAACUAAGUCGACCGACCGGCUGUACAAUGCCUUGGCUCAGCUAUGCAAAGCAGACGAAACCGUCCGGUUAGAUGGUCUCCUGGCAGAGGCUGUUAUAAGCCCCCUCAGUGUAGCGACUGGCAAUAACGAAUCCGCAGCAUACAGAGCCCUCGCGUUUAGCUUUUUAGCUCGCAGCGACUUGGUUCAGUUCGAGCGUCGCAUCGAGGCUUUCUCAAGAGGCAUCGAGACUGCCAAGCUCUCCCGGGCAAUCAGAGCGGGCUACAGCACCGGCUCGGGAUCCAGGGCCUUUGCGUCGAAAGACGACUUGCUCUGGCUGUUGGCUCACUUCAUCGACCUGACUCGGCUACACAUGGCAUCAUCCGACAAGUUUGAGAUUUUGGGUGCGCUUUUGCCUCAGCUGUCAUCGGUCGCUGGUGAACUCAACACCCGUGCUGCUUCACCUGCUUCCCCCGAUGCGUCGCCAGAGACGCAACCCUCUUCAAGCAUGCAGCCUCUCCCGAUUUACAUCACACAGCAGCUAGGCUCGUUGGUCGAUAACGACGGCAUUUCGCGACUGCUUCGUGACUUCUCCGAUUGCUUAACACAAGGGUCGAAGCAAACGUUCCAAGGGACCAGCAUUCUCUCGGGAUAUAUCCUCACGCUGUUGCAAGUGUUCCCGAGCAGCGCAGAUGACAUCCGCAUGCGCCUGUUUCUCGAGCAAAUCCCAACGCCGUCUGGGAAAGUCCCGACGGUCAAAUUCUUGUGGGAAAUUAUGAAGCAUACUUCUGUCUUCCGCAAGUUGAAGUCGGAACAGGAGAAGCCGACCGAUGUUCUUCGCCGAUACCUUCACGGUAGCUCGAAGCUAUCAGACGAAACAAUCGAAGAACAAGAGUGGCGCACCGUCCUAUUAUUUCUCGAGCUUUACGUCUUCAUUCUCCGCCUCAGCGACGACGAAGACUUUUUCAGCGGCAUCAGUAGCCGGAUAGUGGAGUCUAAUUCGUCAACAUCCCUCCUUCGGUCCUGCAGCUUGUCACUGGACGACGUCAAGGCGCUCACCAUCUUCCUCAAGAAUACGGCUUUCGCGCUUCAUUAUAAAGCCAACGAAAUUUCCAAGUCAAGUCAUAACAUGGAAUCGGCGGCCAGUUCUCGUCUCAACUCGUAUCUCGGCGCUGGUGCUGCGAACAGGGCAUCGCUCGCAAACGUGGACACGGUGCCCGCAAUGUCGCCCACUCGGGCCAACUUGGACAGCCUUCGGACCAUAUUGACAACCGCGUUGCGCAUGUUGUACGAGAGGGACUCGAGAAAGCGCUUCCUACCCCCAGGUCACUGGCUCAUGACCGGCAAACUCGAACAGGAAGACUUUAUCAACGCGGUCAUAGCAGAGGAGGAGCGGCAGAACCAAGAAGAAGCCGAAGGCAGCGACGACGAAGCUGCCGCGACCGACCCCAUAGAUGGAGAGCCAGGGAUAUACUCCACGUUCGCUGGCCAGCGCCUCUCUCGCCACGCGAGACUAGAGAGGCUUCGAGCGGAGCAGGUACGGAGCCAACGAGAGCGCAGACUGGCAGAGAUGGGGCCGAAGCUCGAGAUCCUCAAGCAUAUGCCCUUUGUGGUACCUUUCGAGACACGCGUGAAGAUAUUUAGGCAAUUCGUCCAUCUCGAUGGGAUGCGCAGAGCGGGAAACAAUCCGUUCCACAUGUUCCCGCCGCAUCCUUCGGCUCGACAUCACGCCAAAAUUCGACGGGGCCAAUUGUUCGACGACGCGUACGAGCAGUUCUACCAACUGGGCGACGGCUUAAAGGACCCGAUCCAGAUCACGUUUGUGGAUCAGUUUGGUACUCCCGAGGCGGGCAUUGACGGCGGAGGCGUCACAAAGGAGUUCCUGACCAGUGUCACUUCUGAAGCCUUCCAAAGUGAGUUGGGCAUGUUUACCUCGAACGAGCAGGGGCUCCUGUACCCCAACCCUACAGCGGCGGACACGAGACGCGAACUACUCCGUCGGUAUGGCUUGAAAGAAGACGACGACGAAUGGAAAGAAGCAAUGACGAGCCUCUUCAAGCGCUUCGAGUUUCUGGGACGGAUUGUGGGCAAAUGCAUGUACGAGGGUAUCCUCGUCGACCUUGCCUUUGCCGGGUUUUUCCUAUUGAAGUGGCCAUCUACGGGCCCAAAAGAGGAAAACACAUACAAGGGCAGCAUCAACGAUCUGCGAGACAUGGAUGCCGAGCUGUACCAGGGCAUGCUGACGCUCAAGAACUAUCCCGGCGAUGUCUCCGACUUGGGCUUCGACUUCACCGUGGAGGACCAGGUGUCGCCGCCAGGCCAGCCCGUGAAGACGAUUACGAGGAAGCUGAUUGCCAAUGGUGAUCAGACGCCCGUGACCAACGACAAUCGCCUGCUGUACAUCUCGUACAUGGCUCGACACCGCCUGGUUGUGCAACCUUCGUUGCAGACGGCGGCCUUCCUGCGGGGCCUUCGGGCCAUUAUCAAGCCAUCUUGGCUGUCCAUGUUCAACCAAUCCGAACUUCAACGACUUGUGGGCGGAGAUUCCUCCGAAAUCGACAUAGCGGACCUCCGGCGCAAUACCGUCUACAGCGGACUUUACGAGAUUGGUGACGACAACGAGGAACACCCGACAAUCAAGCUCUUUUGGAAGGUUAUGGAAGGGUUCACUGACUCGCAACGGCGCGACGUGCUCAAGUACGUGAGCUCGACGCCGAGGGCGCCUCUCCUGGGCUUCUCCCAGUUGAGGCCAAAAUUUAGCAUCAGAGACGGCGGCACGGAUGAGCAGCGCUUGCCCAGCACGAGUACGUGUGUCAACCUGCUGAAGCUGCCACGGUACAGCAAGGAGGAAACGCUACGGGAGAGGCUGCUCUACGCGGUGACAUCGGGCGCAGGGUUUGAUCUGAGCUAG